GGAUGCAACUGAUGUAGUAUAUGGAAAUGGAGCUGAAACAAUUAUGUGAGUAAAUAUUGUCAAUUCAGAAAAGGUGCAUAUCGUCGCACAAAUUUUAAUAAGAGCAAGAUUCACUCAUUUAAAUUUUAUUUUCGUGGAGUAGCGGAUUUUAAAAUCAGAUAACGGUGGACCUUAUCAGGAUUAGUUCGACGAUAUAUAUACACAAAUUUUCAUAAUAUUAUUUUUCUAGGAUUCGUUCACAUGAUAAUAUCGUACUGAAGUCAAUUUCUAUUCCAAAAGGAGUAAACUCUGCUCAUAAAGACAAGGUUCAUUGUAAAAUCACAAUAUCUACUGAACAAGGCACCGUGCAAGCCAUUAUUGGACAACUGGACUUUAAUGACAAUACCGGAGUGUACAUGCGGAUAGAUAUAAAACCCCCAUUCCAAUUUAAUCCCGAGGACGAUUGGUGUAAGGCCGCGAUUGAUUUUUCCGGUAGCCUUGUAGAUGAUCGUCAAACUCGUCAUAGAAAUCUGAUGGGUUACCCGGCCUAUUUCCCAGAGCCGUUUUACCAAGGCGAUAAUGCACUUCAUCAUUAUGAAACUUAUAAGCGGAUGAUGGUAAAUUACGUAGACUUGUUCAAAUCAAGUAUGGACGAAAGUAAAUGUGUAGUCAUUAUUAAACGCGGGGAAGGAGACAAUCUUGAAGAUUGUUCUUUAUGGAGGGCACACCAUAUGAAAUGUAUAACGUUCUUAACCCUGAGUUAGGUGACGAACGUGAAUUUGAUGAACUUGCUGAAGAAUUGGGGGUCACCAUCGAUGUAUUGGAACAAGAAGAUUUCUUUGACCGAGUCAAGAAAUUGAUUGGAGAAAAUUCUCCGAUGAAUGAAUAUAUUAAACAAAUAACUCAGUAUGAGAGUGAGCGAAGACGAUACCUUGAUGAACCCCCUGCACAAUAUUUGCUUUUCCUACGAGGGAAAAAAGAUAUUACAUGGAGUAAAAAACUGGCUAAAGUCAUUCCCGACAUUUAUCCAUCGAAGAUUAUCUCGUCGUUGGACAUACUUCGAAACGAUCUGAAUGUCGCGAAGAAAACUGGGAUAUUUGAUAAGUAUCAGAUCAAAUAUAAAAAUUAAAUAAUUCGUAGCAAUAACUCCAUAGACUACAUAUAAUGAACAUUUAAAUUGUUUGAGUUAGCUAGAUAAAGGGGCACUAGAAAAAUGCUGAUUAAUAUAAGUGUACAAAAACCUGGCGUUAAUUUACCGACGAAAACGUUCUAUGAUACUUAAAAUACUAAUUUUCUUUUUGAAGGCCAUGAAUCGAAAUGUAAUGUAAAUUUAAAAAGAUAGAAUAAAAUUUAACAAUCCUUAGUCUUGCGAUCCAAAAUUAUAAUUAGUUUAAAAUAAAAAUUUUGUGCAUAGAUAAUUAUGUAUGCUAAGGAAGUUUUUCCUAAGUAUACGAAGCUAGCAACCUGGCUGAUCAAAUACUUUUAUUUUUUAUACUAACAAUUCUUUAUGUAUAUAACAUGCAAAAUUUCUUUAAAUAAUUUUAAAUCAAAUUUAAUCAAAAUUGUUUAAAUCCAGUCAACUAAAAACACAAA